AUGUAUUUACGUGGAUGUGCAAGAUCACGUGGUCGUCUCAGUCGAUCAACAGUAUCACGUGAAAAUGUUUCAGGCGAAGGCAGUAGUAUUGCUACUGGUGUUACAAGUCCAACACCAUCGACACUAUCAGAAAUGACUACACAAUUGGAUAGUCUAUCAAUGGCAACAGAUGAUAGUGAUCGUUAUCCAACAACUUCAAAAUUUCCUAAAACUCGUCCAAGUGAUCUUAAUUGUAAACAAGGUGAAAGUGGACAACAAAUUGCUCUUGUUGCUAAUUAUAUUAAAAUGUUGGCUGCACCUAAAUGGGAUUUAUAUCGAUAUCAUUGUUCAUUUGAACCUAUUAUUGAAUUACGAAAAAUUCGUCGUGAAACAUUGGCUAAAGCUGGUAUUAAAGAUGUUGCCUUUGAUGGAACACUUCUUUAUUCUUUCGAAGAUUUUGGAUUGGUACUUAUUUUUCUUUUUCUUUUAUUAGAAACAGAUCCUGCCGGAUAA